AUGGACGCGGGGUCCUCAGCGCCAUCCUCCUCGCUGCCGCGGCCGCUGCGCGUCGUGCUCUGCCCGUGGCUGGCGCUCGGCCACCUGCUCCCGUUCCUGGAGCUCGCCGAGCGCCUGGCGUCGCGGGGCCACCGCGUGUCCUUCGUCUCCACGCCGCGCAACCUCGCGCGCCUCCCGCCGCGGCGCCACGCCGGGUCCAUCGACCUCGUGCCGCUCCCGCUCCCGCGCGUCGAGAGCCUCCCCGACGGCGCCGAGUCCACCAACGACGUCCCCAGUGACCGGCUCGAGCCGCUCUGGGAGGCCUUCGACGGCCUCGCCGCGCCGUUCGCGGAGUACCUCCACGCCGCGUGCGCCGGCGCCGGCGAGGGCGGCAACCGGCCCGACUGGUGCAGCCCUGCUCUGGAUUCUAGACAUCUGUCCGCCCGUAGGAUCGGACGCUCCCGCGGCCCCGGGAGCGAGGUGCCGCUGCGCGUGGAGCUGGUGCACGAGCUGGCGCACGGGCUGGAGCUCGCCGGGACGCGCUUCCUCUGGGCUCUGAGGAAGCCGAGGGGCGUCGCCGACGCCGACGUCCUCCCUGCCGGCUUCCAAGAGCGCACCGACGGCCGUGGGCUGGUGGCCAUGGGGUGGGUUCCUCAGACCACCGUACUGGCGCACGCCGCCGUGGGCGCGUUCUUGACGCACUGCGGCCGGAGCUCGCUCACCGAAGGGCUUCUGCACGGGCACCCUCUGAUCAUGCUGCCGAUCUUCGGCGACCAAGAGCCGAACGCGCGGCUCAUGGCGGGGAGGAUGGUAGGGUUGCAGGUGGCCAGGAAUGAGGACGACGGCUCGUUCGACCGCCAUGGCGUCGCGAGGGCAGUCCGGGCAGUCAUGGUGGAAGAAGAUAUCAGGAGGGUUCUUGUAGCAAAUGCCAUGAAGAUGCAGGAGAUUGUAGCCGAUGAGGAGCUCCAGGAGAGGUACAUCGAUGAAUUUGUUCAGAAACUUAGAUCUUACAUCACUGAUGAUGGAACCUCCUGUACUCCGGCUGCCCAUUCUCCAGCUUAGAC